AUGCAAGAAGCCUUUGAUGAACUACGCAUAAAGUUAACUUCUCCGCCAGUCUUGGCUUACCCAGACUUCGAGAAGGCCUUCGUCGUUGAGACGGAUGCGUCAUCGGUCUCCGUCGGGGCUGUGUUGGCUCAAAAGAAGGAAGAUGGGAAAAUACACCCCAUCCAGUACGCAAGCCGUACUAUGAAUACAUCUGAGCGCAAGUACUCCGCUUGUGAGCGUGAGGCGCUUGCGGUCAUCUUUGCUUUGAAGAAAUUUCGUGUUUACGUGCUUUCGUCUACACCUUUCAAGUUGAUUACUGAUCACCAGGCUCUUAGUUACGCCUUUCGCAAGAAAGACAUCCACGGUCGUUUGGCUCGUUGGCUAGACUUCUUAGCCGAGUACGACUUCACCGUGGAAUAUCGUCGUGGAUCCGCAAAUAGUGCAGCUGACUACCUUUCUCGCAUUCAGCCCAAGAACGGCGACAACCCAACUUGCCAGGAAGAGGGAGACCUUGCCCUCGCUAUCACGACCCCGAUCUACUCUCCAGAAGAUCUAGAAGAGAAGUCUCGCAUGAAGAAUAAUGCGAAGAACUUUCUUGUCUGGGAGUCGAAGUUGCUCCGCCGCACCAUUCGUGGCCUUCGUGUUGUUGCCCCAAUUUCCGAUCGCGAAAAGAUACUGAAGGGUUUCCAUGACGACAUUGGUCAUUGGGACUUGAAGACCACUCGUCAAUUUGUCACGGAAAGGUACUGGUGGCCGACCGUUGGUAUGGACGUGGGUGACUACGUGAAGAGUUGUGACGGGUGUCAGAAGGCACGUCCGAUUCCCAGGUAUAAGAAAACUUUGCGCCUUCCCAUCACAAGCUUUACUGCUCAAGUGGUUCUCGACUUCGUCAAGAGAGAAAUCAUGUACUCAUUCGGCCCUCCGAGAACCAUUGUCUCUGACAAUGCUACCUGCUUCACAGCCUCGGCCGUUUCUAGCUUCAUGGCUCGACACGGUAUCACUUGGCGCACCGUCCUCGCCUACGCUCCCAUGUCUAACAGUAGAGCAGAGAGAAUGGUUGGAACUUUGAAGGCUGCCGUCCGUAAGACAGUUCUUGGUACUGGAAUGGAGUGGGACGAAGCACUCACCCAGGUCCUGUAUGGAUAUCGCCGACGUGCCAUGAAGAACGGCGUGUCGCCAUUCGAACUGAUGUAUGGGAUCCCGCCUCGGAUGGAUUCCAGUGCAGAGACAGGUGCAAGCCUAGUUGUUCCUUCCUUAGACCAUCAUCGUCGUUUGGAGCUCCUGACUGGAUCUGUCCCACGAGCAGUUCGCUCAGGGGCCUCUGUGGAAAAAAGGCUCGUAGCGUCGUCGUCUCACUUCUUCGAAGUGGGAGACAAAGUUCUUGUCGCUCGGGGAACUUCAUUCGGUGGUACGAAAUGGCCCGCGUUCGUUUCCAAAUUCUACGGCCCGUGCCGGAUCUUGGAAGUUCACCACCCGCGAUAUGUGCUAGAGUCGCAGCACGGCAGAGUAUCCAGGAAGCCUAUUCAUGCUCGCCGACUCGUCCUAUAUCGUGAAAGGAAGUUCGAAGCCUAA